UGUGCUCCUCCUGUCCUGCGGUGUGUGUGGGACUGACACGUAACUUGAUUUUCUUUUUGGACGGUAUCACUCAGAACUCCUGUACCGGUACCGACGCAAAAAUAUUCUUUCCCGAAAAUUUUAUCGCAUGGAGGCGAGAGACGCAACUGCAGGUGCGUUUGUGAGCAGUGACAGUGAGAAAGAAAGCAGAAAGCAGGAUGCAGAUGGUAAAAAGGAUACAUUGCCGGUUAAGAGCCGGAUGGAGCAGCUCUUUGGGUUCAAGAAGGAGGAUCUGACAUCCUGGAGUCGCCUGGUGGACCUUUUGAACAGACCCACCGACCCAGCGUCCCUGGGCAUCUUCCGCUGCUUAUUUGGUUUGCUGAUGGCGAUCGAUGUUACACAGGAGCGUGGCCUCAGUAACCUUGACUACAAAUACCUGGACGGUUCCCCAGUGUGCCGCUUUCCCCUCUUUAACUUCUUACAGCCGCUGCCACUGGAUUGGAUGUACAUGGUGUAUGUGGUGAUGUUCUUCGGGGCUUUGGGCAUCAUGCUUGGGUGCUUCUACCGUCUGUCCUGCCUUAUGUUCAUAUCAAGUUACUGGUAUGUCUUCUUUCUGGACAAAACGGCGUGGAACAAUCACUCCUACCUCUACGGCCUCAUUGGAUUUCAGCUCGCGCUCAUGGAUGGCAACAGAUACUGGUCCAUUGAUGGAUUAAGGAGACCUGUGAUAAGAAAUGCUCAUGUACCUUUGUGGAAUUACACCAUCUUGAGAACACAGAUAUUUAUUGUGUACUUCAUCGCUGGAAUCAAAAAGUUGGAUGCAGAUUGGGUGGAGGGAUACUCAAUGUCGUACUUGGCACACCAUUGGCUUUUUGAUCCUUUCAAAGUGAUUCUUCCUGUGGAGUUGGUGAGCCUGCUGGUGGUGCAUGGAUGUGGUCUUAUUCUCGAUCUGACUGCCGGUUUCCUCCUUUUUUUUGAUGCCACACGACCUUAUGCAUUUUUCUUUGUCACAUAUUUCCACUGUAUGAACUCUCAGCUCUUCAGCAUUGGAAUGUUUCCCUACACAAUGUUGGCCACCAGUCCACUCUUCUGCUAUCCUGACUGGCCAAGGAGAUUCUUUUCUCAUUUCCCAGCAUUCCUCAGGGUAGCCCUGCCACUGACCUCACCAGAUCCUCAGCCCAGCACGUCAUGUCUUUACCAUGAGCUGCAGAACGCCAAACACCACGAGACUGUCGCCAAAGCUUCCAAACCAAGACUCAAGCACAAACUGGCGGCUAUUUUUACAAUCUUCUACAUAAUGGAACAGUUAUUCAUGCCUUACUCCCACUUCAUCACACGGGGUUACAACAACUGGACCAACGGCUUGUAUGGUUACUCUUGGGACAUGAUGGUUCACUCCCGCAGCCAUCAGCAUGUUAAGAUUACAUACAAAGAUGGAAAAACUGGGGAAAUUGGGUAUUUGAACCCAGGGGUGUUCACACAAAGCCGCCGUUGGAAAGAUCAUGGCGACAUGCUGAAGCAGUACGCCACCUGUCUGAGUCAGCUUCUGCCUCACUAUAAUGUCUCUGAUCCUGAAAUUUACUUUGAUAUCUGGGUGUCCAUUAACGAACGCUUUCAGCAAAGAAUCUUUAAUCCCCAGGUGGACAUCGUGAAGGCUGAUUGGUCUCCUUUCCAGCCAAAUACAUGGUUGAUGCCUCUACUCGUAGACCUUUCACCGUGGAGAACCAAGUUCCAGGAGAUUGAGAGCACUUUGGACAAUCAGACUGAGAUUGUUUUUAUCGCUGAUUUCCCAGGUCUCCACUUGGAAAACUAUGUGAGUGAAGAUCUGGGCAACACCAGCGUUCAGGUGUUACAGGGGAAGGUGAAUGUUGAGGUCGUCGACGAGAAAAAAAACUACACUCUGCAGCCUGGUGAGCAAAUGCAGGUACCUUCUGGCAGCUACCAUAAGGUGUACACCGUAUCUGAAGAUCCUUCUUGCUACAUGUACAUCUACGUCAACACCACAGAGGCGGCAUUGCAGCAGAAUUUCACCAAACUGUUGGAGAUCCAGGAGCGCGUUCACAAUGGAACAGAAACGGAGCCGCUUCCACCGGAGCUGCAGCCUCUUAUCGCUACAGAUGAAGAAGCUGCAGAGGUUAACGCCACGGACCUGAUUGUGCGGCUUUUCCUGAAGAGGCAGCGACGCAUGAAAGAGGUGAAGAAACGCAAAGAGGCCGGCGUGCUGGAGCGACUGGAACGCUUCACGGUGAAAAAGUAUUACACCAUACGGAGGGGAUUCUUGAGGACGGCCAUCGCUAUGCGAAACCUGGCAGUGGGUCUGCCGCCGCUGGAGCAGCUGACAAGAGAAGUUGCCUUUGCCAACAUGAAGGAACCACAAGCAGACGAACGCCUCAAAGAUGAAGUUGGUCACAGAGAACUUUAAAACUGUCACUAGGAGUAAAGAUGCUUCGAGUUUCCAAAUGCUGGAUUAGAUCACACCUUUUGCUAGAACGUGUGGGUUUUCACUACCGGACUGUUGCAACACUACCAGCCAGCAAAGGGUUUUUUUUUUUUAUGUUCUGAUAUAUCUGAUGUCAGAUUAUUUCCAAAAAUGACAGUACUUUGUUCUAGUUUUUUUAAUUUAUGCAAAGAACAUUCUGUUAAUUGCAGCCGCAGCAAAAUAAAUAUAAGAAAUGUGCUGCUUUGUUGUGCAAAACCGCAUUUCAUCUUUCUGCAUUUUAAAAUUAUGAUUAAUGCUGGAUUAUAUGACCAAACAAAUUAGCUACCUUUCAUUAAGAUAAUCAGUAUGAUUUGGUGAUAUUGCAUUUUAAAAUCUGCAUUUGUGCUGCCGCUGCAGGAGGUGUGACUGAGGAAUAGCUGCUGUUAGAGAACAACAUGACUAGUUUGCAGCAUCUUACCUUGUUGGAUUGUCAGUAACUUCACUGGUCUAGUGGUUAAGCGUUGGACUUGAGACCAGAGGAUCCUCUGUUCAAAUCUCAGCCUGACUGGAAAAUC